GGCGGCGGGCGGCGGGCGCGGGCAGCGGGGCCGGCCCGGCAUGGCUGCGGCGGAGGCGGGCGGCCACGCGGGGCCGGGCCCGGGCGCAGCCCAGGAGGGCGCGGAGCUCGCGGCCGUGAUCGGCGCCACCGUGCCCACGGGCUUCGAGCAGACGGCGGCCGAGGAGGUGCGCGAGAAGCUGGGCUCGGCCUCCAGGAUCAGCAGGGACCGGGGCAAGAUCUACUUCGAGGUGCCGGCCCGGAGCCUGCCCCAGGUCCAUCGUCUGAGGUCAGUGGAUAAUUUAUUCGUUGUUGUUCAGGAAUUCAAAGACUAUCAAUUUAAGGAAAAUAAGGAAGAUGCUCUAAAGGAUUUGGAAGAUUUGGUUAAAAAGCUACCCUGGACCGAUCCAUUGAAAGUUUGGGAGUUGAACAACAGCUUGAAAAAGAAAAAGACAAAACGCAAAAAACACAAUCUGCAGAGUGCUGCAAGCAGCGGGAAGCUGAGUGGUGGUGGAGAAGAGGGAGGAGCAGACCAAAAUACCACUAACGACCAGGAGGACUGUGCCCAAAACCCUGUGGCUGUGGAAGCCACUGGUGGCCAGGAUACAGAGGAUCCCCAGGGAGUGACACCCGGAAAUGGGGUGGAGGAGGAGGCAGAUAAUGAGCAGGAAGAUGUGAAGGUUGAAGCGCAGGCGGGCUCUGAGAGCGGGCCCGAGGCGGGCGGAGGAGAGGCCAAGGUGCUGAGGUUCCGAGUGACGUGCAACAGAGCUGGGGACAGGCACAGCUUCACGUCCAACGAGGCCGCCAGAGACUUCGGUGGAGCCGUGCAGGAGCACUUCCAGUGGAAAGCUGACAUGACUAAUUUUGAUGUGGAGGUCCUUCUGAAUAUUCACAACAAUGAAGUGGUGGUGGGGAUUGCAUUAACUGAAGAGAGUCUCCACAGACGGAAUAUCACACACUUCGGGCCCACCACGCUGCGCUCCACCCUGGCUUACGGCAUGCUCAGACUCUGUGAUCCCCAGCCCACAGAUAUCAUAGUUGAUCCCAUGUGUGGUACAGGUGCGAUACCAAUAGAGGGAGCUGCAGAAUGGCCCUACUGCUACCACAUUGCAGGGGAUAACAACCCUCAGGCAGUGAAGAGAGCAGCAAACAACAUCAACUCCUUACUGAGGAAAAACGAGAGUAAGGACAGCGGCGCUGCCCUGGGCGUUCCCCUGGACGUUGUGCAGUGGGACAUCUGCAACCUGCCCCUGCGGACGGGCUCUGUGGACAUCGUGGUGACAGACAUGCCCUUUGGCAAGAGGAUAGGGUCCAAGAAGAAGAACUGGGACCUCUACCCAGCCUGCCUGAUGGAGAUGGGCCGGAUCUGCACCCCAGGGACAGGCAGGGCUGUGCUGCUUACCCAGGACAAGAAAUGCUUUGCCAAGGCCCUGUCCCGCGUGGGGCACAUCUGGCGCAGAGCCCAGACGGUGUGGGUGAACGUGGGGGGCCUGCACGCCGCCGUGUACCUGCUGCGGCGCACCUCGGAGCGCGCACCCGAGAGCAGGCCCCGCUGGUGAGCUGCCUGCAGCGCGCACCCGAGACACCCCAGGCCCGGCUGAGCAGCCAGCUGGUACAGCCUGAGGGCACGGGCCUGUCGGUUUCCACACCAAACAGCCUCUGGAGAAAUCCUCACACAAAUACUAAACCUGGGAUCAACUGGAGAGCUGCCACUUCUGCUGCGUGUUCUGAAACCUUAUUAUUUAAAUCACCUCUGCUCCCUUCCACCCAAACCGAAAUUCA